AUGUCAUCACAUUUGUUAUGCCUUUUCUUUUUUCUCUUCACUUCAAACACUGUUGCCUCUGCCUUAGGAAAUGAGAGUGACCACCUUGCACUGAUCAAAUUCAAAGAAUCAAUAUCUAGUGACCCUUUUGGAGUGUUAUCCACUUGGAACAGCUCAACCCACUUUUGCAACUGGCAUGGAGUCAAAUGUGGCAGCAAACAUCAAAGAGUUCGGGAGCUGACUUUAGAUUCAUAUAAUUUGCAAGGGUCCAUAUCACCGUAUGUUGGCAACCUUUCCUUUCUUAGAGUUUUGAGCCUUCAGCGCAAUAACCUCCAUGGUCAUGUUCCGCAAACAAUAAGCCGUUUGUUUCGACUGCGGGCACUUGCUUUAGCCAUCAACAAUUUAGUUGGUGAGUUCCCCAUUGGCGUGACUAACUGUUCUAAAUUGCAGAGAUUGAAAUUGACCUCCAAUCAUUUUGGAGGCAAAAUACCAAUGGAGAUCGGGUCUCUUAGGAAUCUUGAGAGAUUUGAUCUUGUUUCAAACAAUUUUUUAGGACCAAUCCCAUUGUCAAUGGGAAACCUGUCUUCUCUUGUUCUUCUUACUGUGGCUGAUAAUAAUUUGGAGGGACAUAUACCUGACGAAAUAGGCCAUUUGAAGAACUUGGUGAAUAUUUCACUGGUAAGUAAUAAAAUGUCGGGUAAGAUUCCACACUCACUUUGGAAUUUGUCAUCACUCUCUGGCUUAUCAUUUGCAAUGAACCAGUUUGAGGGUUCUCUUCCUAGCAACUUGUUCUCCAACCUCCCAAAUCUCAAGAUCAUUGAACUGGAUGGCAACCAAUUUUCAGGUCCUAUACCAACAUCCAUCACAACGGCAUUUGGCCUUCAAGAAGUUGAUUUUUCUAUCAACAAUUUUGUUGGACAAGUCCCAAAUCUAGGAAGCCUUCAAAAUCUUUUAGUUAUAGAAUUAGGCCAUUUGCCAAAUUUCAUGGGCAAUUUGUCCACCCAGCUCACCAUGCUAUUAUUUGGUGGAAAUCAGAUUUCUAGAAAAGUUCCUGCAGAGUUAGGGAAUCUUGUUAAUAAGUGA